AAAAUUGGCGCCCCAGCAUAGGGACUUGAUUGUUUUGAAAAUUAAACCGUCAAAAAUACCAGGAAAACCGGGUAAAGCUAGUAAAAGCAGGAAAGCUAUUGAAACAGUGUGAGGGGAGGUGAAAAGAAAAUAACAACCGUCGAGCAUAAGUACCUCUAGAGACAGUAAAGUCUCAGUGCUUCUGAGUUAAAGACUAGUGAAAUCUAGAGCGAUAUGGAAACUGAGGAAGAUUUUUUGUCGAUCGGUGCUUCCGUUGAAGGUAACGACGCCGUACCGUCGCUGUCGCAUACAGGUUUGAACCUGGCGCCGUCUGGCACGAGUGCUGAAUCUGAUUUCAGGACAGGGUGGAUUUAUUCCCUGAAGAAGUCUGAAUUAGCCGCACAACUGGUGCGUUUUGGACUGGAUAGUACCGGGACUGUCGAAGAAAUGCGAAGAAGAAUAGUGAGAUUCAUUAGAGAAGGACAGGCGAGUCCACGGCCUGUCACACAGCCUUUUGGAUUUCCUGGAAAUAGUGCUGUUGUACCGACAGUGAGCUCUACAGCCACCCUGACCACUACGACAGUGACAACUACAGUGGCAGCAACCUCGAGUGGAUACAUUGCUGGACGUGUAGUGCCUUCUCCGGUGGUCUAUACUUCUACUUCACAGCCUGUCCCUCUGCCGAUAAAUCCAGACUAUAACGACUCAUGACUCAUGAGUCACUGCCAGGACCUAUCUGCAAGCCACACUGA